AUGCACGAAGCCAAGAUGGCGGCGGGUCUCCUGCUUGUGGCCGCGCGCUUCCGCGGACUGUUAACCGUGCGCGUGCCCGCCGUGCGCGCGCUGCUGCCAGGUCUGGUCUCGGUCCAGACUCGGACCUUUGCCCUGAACCCGGACCAGGCCCCGAACCAGGACUUAGAGACAAAUCCCUUCUAUUCCAAAUACCGCGAGAAGAUCCGAGAAUUACGGAGGUCUGCCCCGCAGGAGUUCCAGGCUCGGAUGGAGAACAGGUCUGAGCUCAAGAAGGAGCCAGUGGGAUUCAGCAGCAAACAGGAAGAGUUCAUCCAGCUCCUGUCAGCCCAGAAGGGCUCCUCCUCCUCCUCCUCUUCCUCCUCCUCCUCUUCCUCCUCCUCCUCUUCCUCGUCUGGAGUCAGUGGGAUAAAAAAGACUCUGGACUCCAUCCUGAACCUGGACCUGGUCCUGGACAAAACUGGAGCCGAGAUCUCACAGAUCUGGAAUGAGUUCUUCUCCAGCAGAGACACCAUCAGUGCAGUCAUACCAGAGCACCUCCUGCUGAGUGUGGUGGAGCACCUCCUGCUGAGUGUGGUGGAGCACCUCCUGCUGAGUGUGGAGGAGCACCUCCUGCUGAGUGUGGUGGAGCACCUCCUGCUGAGUGUGGAGGAGAACCUCCUGCUGAGUGUGGAGGAGCACCUCCUGCUGAGUGUGGUGGAGCACCUCCUGCUGAGUGUGGAGGAGAACCUCCUGCUGAGUGUGGAGGAGCACCUCCUGCUGAGUGUGGAGGAGCACCUCCUGCUGAGUGUGUUGGAGCACCUCCUGCUGAGUGUGUUGGAGCACCUCCUGCUGAGUGUGGUGGAGCACCUCCUGCUGAGUGUGGAGGAGAACCUCCUGCUGAGUGUGGAGGAGAACCUCCUGCUGAGUGUGGAGGAGCACCUCCUGCUGAGUGUGGAGGAGCACCUCCUGCUGAGUGUGGUGGAGCACCUCCUGCUGAGUGUGACGGAGACAUUUGAGCGAAUUCAGACGAGAGCCGCCUCCUGCCCUACGUUCCUCUACGCUCUCCCUCGCUCUGAUGGAUACGAGUUCUUUGUGGGACAGUGGUCUGGGCCUGAGCUGCACUUCACCUCCCUCAUCAACCUGCAGACUGUGGGAGAGAGCGCCCCCUGUCAGCUGCUCCUGUGUCACUACACCGAGCUGCAGCACAAAGGCCUGGUGUUGAUGACGGCGGAGAGGGACACCGCUGCCAUGGGCGUGCACGAGGCUCAGUGUUUGGCCAAUCAGGUGCAGCUCUUCUACGGCUCUAGUGACGCUGCCUUCCGAUUGGUCGAAGCGUUUAACCACGAACCAGAGACUUUCCAGCACAUGGACGUGAUCGCGGCACUGGACCGAGGACUGAACUAG